AUGGCGGAAAAGCACUGGGGGAAAAGCAGUUCCGCGACACAUCAACAUGACGUCAAGGGAGGUGGUUGCGUCAGCCAGGUGCUGUUGAGCUUUGUUGCCCUGGUUAUCGAAUCAUUGAACCUACAGGAAGAUGAUAGGAGGACCCGAGGAGGUACCAACCUACCUCGGUGCGAGCUAGAGUUGAGAAAGGUGAUCAUAGUCAUGAUUAACUUUGACUCUGGACUCUGGACCUUACAACGAAAAGUAAUGUCGUCAUCCCUUCUUCCUGCCUUUUUCCCGGUUCCUUUCCUACUUCCUGCUCCCUCCUCCCUUGGAAACAUCUUCCACAUAUUUUGUCUUUGCUUCCUCUCCUACCUUCCUUCAUUCCAGUGA